CUCCGUCAUUUCGACAGAGAUCAACUACCACUGCGACUUGGACGAAGCAAGAAUGUCCAAUUGCUCCAACAAACAUCCUUACACCUCCGAUCUACGUUCCACAGACUGCAUCCCUCAAUGUCGCUCAUCAUUCACCGUAUACGGCGUAUUUGCCUCACAGGUAAGGUAGAGCAGAAGUAAGUAAGUGUUGGGAUUUUAGGCGCAGGCAGCCUUCCAGAACCACCCCGCGCAUCCAACUUGUUUCAGGCCGCAAAGCGCAGCCAACCUCGCAACUAUCGACCUCUGAGCGUGACGUUCUCUGUCCCUAAACUAAUAAUAAGAGGCGAGGCUGUGCCAAUUUGACAUCCUGAACUUUCUUCUGUCAUUUCUCUCUCCUGUCAUCUUCCUAAUUCAACCUCACGCAACAUCAGGAUUCGCAUCUUUGCCAAACAAACUUGGCACUCUCAGUCACUACCACCAGUUCAGCUGAACGAAGCUCAGAAACUUCUGCCACGAUGAAUUCCAUGCACCGCCAAUUUGGCAAGCUCAUGAAGAAGGGAGCUGGCGAUACUGCCAAUGUCGCUGUGUUACUCAAUGAUUACGAAGAUGCUGAUAAAAUGCUCGCAAAGAUAAUAGAAGCUUCUAAAGCAUGGAGAGAUGCAUGGGUAUCAAUUCUCAGCAUCCAGGUUUCGACGACAACCAUAUUCGAGGAAAUAUACCAGCCUAUUGUGGGAGCAAGCGACGGCCAUGGACACGAACCAUACAUGACCCCAAGACCCCAAUUAGACCGAGCGUCGAAACUGAAGGAGGCAUAUUCAGAGCUGAAGACUGAUCUGUUGGAAGAAGUUGGUAUGAUGGAUGCUCGUGUGAUCAAACCUGCGACCGAUGCAAAGGAGUAUCUGGCACCAAUAAAGAAAGUGAUCAAGAAGAGGGAGAAUAAGAGGCUUGAUUGGGAGCGUUACCAAGACAAGGUCAAUAAUUACCAAAGAAAGUUGAAGCGGUCAGACCGUGAGAAUGCAGCAUUGGCAAAAGCAGAGGAGGAACUUGGAAGAGCAGCAGAGGAUUUCAGAGUUGCAGAUGAUCGUAUUCGAGAGACUCUCCCUCCUGUCAUUUCAGCCGCAUUCUCCAUACUUCCUCACCUCCUUGCCGUCCAAAUCAUGAUUCAGAAUACGCUCUUGGCGCAGUACUAUACAACACUACACAAUUACUGCGAAGAUACAGGUUUCCAGUCCCCGCCACCAGCCAUGGAAGAUGUCAUAUCUACAUGGAAUAGGGACUUCAUGCCCAUAAAACAAGAAGUGGAAAGUAUAAAUUGUAUUGCUCGUGGCAAGGUUGUUCACCAACCCAUGACUCUUGGGGAUGAACGGAAGAAUUCUUCUGUUACUGGCUUAAACGUCCGAAACGGCUUCCGUCGACCAUCAGGACAAGCAACAAUAGACUCCCAGCCCGUGUCUCCUAAUCCUAGGGCUCGCGUUAUGCGAAUCCCAUCGACAAAUUCGCUCACGGUCGUCUCACCUCCAGCGCCAGAACCUACACCAUCCCCAGAACCUACUCCGACUUAUGCCUCACCAGACUACUCAACUCACCUUACACCCGCAUCUUCAUAUUCUGCCCAUUCCCCAGCUGGACCGACGGGAGACUAUUUUCAACGAGCGGCGGUCCAGAAGAAGAAACCGCCCCCACCUCCUCCCAAACGCAUUGGGUCCCAGAACUCAGGUGUCUACGCGGUAGCUCUCUAUGCGUUUGAAGGCCAGUCUCAAGGCGACCUCAGCUUUCGCGAAGGCGAUCAAAUCAAAGUUGUCAAGAAAACAGAUUCUACCGAUGAUUGGUGGGAAGGCGAACUUCGGGGCGUACGAGGAAGCUUUCCUGCAAACUAUUGCAAGCUCUCCUAGAGGGCUGGACCUAGGAUUAGAGAGUGCUUUAGUGGAGAAUGACAUUAUGGCGUAAUGAUUUAUGAUUUGGCGAACGGACGGUACUUUGAAUGGAUGAGCUGGUACAAAAAGCACGGGCAGGACUGGGAGAUUGUCAAAAUAGACAGUUUGGAUUACCUUCAUGGAGGUCGAAUUGUAAUUCGGACAAACCAAUUGAACAAAAGAAUGACCUUUGGGACGGAUAUUUUCUGGACUACCUAGUGCUACCGUAAGAAGUGGACUAUAAGUUAAUAUUGUUCC